AUGAGUGGUAGGAACGAUGAAAAGAUUGGGCCGAUCGACGCCGCUUCGGGCGGGAAACGGCAGCGCAAUGAAGACGAAGAAGACAUGGGAUCGCAGCAGAGCAUUCUCAAGUGGAUGCGCCACGUACCAGGGCCACUGCAGGAUAUCAUGAAGAAGCGCGCGGACCUACUGGACAACUCACAGAUAGACCACAACUGCAUCGCCAGUACUAACUCGGAUCGUUUUUCGGUGGCGAUAGCGACAGUGUUUGAUCAUGGUCCGUGGGUGGAUAUGUGCCAGUACUUAGGCAUGCCGGCUAUGUCAGGGAUGCUUUACGGCAACAUCAAGAUUCGUAGUCUAAAGCACACAGUGCAGAGCAUCGUAGAAGACGAUGAAGCUCUUGCAAAGGUGCCACAGCUCUUAGUGCUUAUUAAGUCGGUGCAUUAUGUUGACGAAGAAAUUGUCGCUGUGCUGCAUGACCCGACGGGAGAAGUAGAAGGCUAUUUCCAUCGAGAACUUAUUGAGCAUCUCGGACCAGCUCUCGUUGCUGGUGUCGGUGUUCUGCUCCACAAGGUGUCGGUUUUUACGCCCACUGAUGCACCGGUUACAGGAAGGCGAAAGAGCUACUUGAAUAUCACACCGCAAAACGUCCGCCAAGUUUUCAUCUCGAAAGAUCCAUUGAAUGGUACCACAACCAACGAUACAGUUGACAUAUUCAACAAAGAGAAAGAGAUCGAGUUUCAGCAGGAGAGUGACAAUGACCACUACAACGAAAGUAAGACGUCCGAAAACGAGCUGGGAGCACGUAAAUUCCUGCAAAAGCGCACCGUUUGCGACACUUCAGCUGAAUUGACUUUCCUUUCGCAACGGCAAGUAAUCCAUCGCAAUCCACCCGUACGAGCGGAUCCUGCGGCAGCGCUGACAACUGAAAAGAAAGGCAAGCACAAAAAGAGCCGUAAGAACCAAGACGAAGGGAGUGGCCUGGGAAAAUGGCAAUGGAGCAAAUUACUCCCAAAGACAAUUGACGAGAACAAUGACGAUUCAGCCAUGGAUUCAACUCGGGCUCAAAAGCGUCGCGACUUGCUGGAUGCUGGCUCGCACCUGGUUAGCCUGAUUACGAAGCAGAAUACACAAAAGAGGUACGCUGUCAUUGUAAUGACAGCAAAAAGGGUCUGUUUGUUAAGACGUGUGAUUUUCACAUGUAGGUCAUCAAUGACAGAAGACGAUUCGACAUCAACAGGUUCCGUGAUGCCGAUGAAACCCGUUAGUGUUCGCUUUGCGCCAGGAACGGUAGGUGACACACCGUCAAUAUCUCGCAAUUCCAACAGCGGUGUCGUAAUCGACCUUACACAAAGAAGUCUGUCGUUACAACCCCACUCAGCUUGCAAUGCAUUAGUUAAUGAUAGCGAAAGUACCAUGGCCUUGGCUGGAGAAGAUGAAGAGGACGAAGACGAAGACGAAGAUUGGUAG